AUGUCGAACGCAGAAGCUGGAAAGGCGGUUUCGCCGAAGAAACUAAUAAUCAAUGCCUUUGUUGAGUCCUGCAGUGGGCAUCAAUCUCCAGGAUUAUGGCGACAUCCAGACGACCGCUCAUGGGACUUUAACAACAUUCACCACUGGGUGGAGCUGGCUAAACUACUAGAGAAGGGGAAAUUCCAUGGCAUGUUCAUUGCCGAUGUACUGGGUGCGUAUGAUGUCUACAAGGGUCCUCAAAACCCAGAUCCGGCCAUAGUAUCAGGCGCUCAGUGGCCAGUGAAUGAACCACUGGCCGUAGUCCCUGCAAUGGCAGCUGCGACAAAGAGUCUCGGAUUUGGUGUGACCGUAGCCACUACGUACGAGCAACCGUACCACCUUGCUCGCAGGCUGAGCACUGUAGAUCAUCUCACCGCCGGAAGAGUAGGCUGGAACAUUGUUACUGGAUAUCUGGAUUCGGCUGCCAGGAACCUCGGUCACAACGAACAGCCAGUACAUGACAAGCGGUACGAAAUUGCUGAAGAAUAUGUCGAGGUCAUGUACAAAUUAUGGCAGUCAUCUUGGAGGGAUGACGCGGUAAAAUUGGAUCGCGUGAAGGGUACCUAUACCGAUCCCUCGCUGGUUCGUCAGAUCAACCAUGUCGGACAGUACUAUACCGUCCCAGGACCCCACAUCUGUCAGCCUUCUCCUCAGCGUACACCAGUCAUCAUGCAAGCGGGAACGUCAAAGGCCGGGAAGACAUUUGCCGCAAGAAAUGCCGAGGCGAUUUUCGUAGCUGGGCACAGCCCCGCUGUAGUUGCGAAGAACAUUGCUGAGAUUCGCCAGAUGGCUAGGGACGAUUACAACCGUGAUCCAAGCUCGAUCAAGUUCUUGGCAAUGCUGUGCCCCAUCAUCGGAAAGACACAGGAUGAAGCCCAGGCCAAGUAUGAUGAUUUCAUUCAGUACGGGUCGGAAGACGGUGCACUCGCCCUCUUUGGUGGCUGGACUGGAAUCGACCUUGCAAAAUAUGGCGACGACGAAGAACUCCGACACGUCGAGUCGAAUGCCAUCCGGUCAGCAGUGGAGGGCUGGUCAAAGUCCAGUCCAGGAGUGCCUAAAUGGACCAAGCACACAGUUGCGAAUCACAUCAAGAUUGGAGGUUUGGGCGCCACGGUUGUCGGAACUCCUGAACACGUUGCGAACGAGAUGGAGAGAUGGGUGUCGGAAGCAGACGUCGACGGAUUCAACCUGGCGUAUGCUCUCAUGCCUGCGUCUUUUGAAGACGUCAUUGAGUUUUUACUCCCAGUACUCAAGCAGAGGGGACUGUUUUGGGAAGAUUAUGCCGUUGAGGGCGGUACAUACCGUGAGAAUAUAUAUGGGAAGAAGGGCGUGAGCAGGCCCCCGGCAGAUCACCCGGCAUCUCAGUAUCAUUGGAAAGCGGAGUAG